GUGAAGAGCAACGCAGAGGCAGAGAGCGAGGAGGAUGGGAGGGGAGGGAAGAUAAAGUGGAUGCAAAACAGAGGACAUACUGGAGAGACAGGAAGACUAUAGAGCGUACAGAAGCCUGGAUGCCUGAGGAACACUAUGGACAUACAGAAGACAGAAAGGACAACGUGUAAAAGAAGAGCUGGCAGUUAGAGGUGCAAAUCACUGCAGCAGAGGUGCUAGCGUCUUUAGCAUUGGUGUGCUGGGCUCUAGGGAGCGGGGAAGGGCUCUUCAUAGAAGAGCAUGGCAGCCUGGUUUGCUGGUGUUGCUGCGGCGGGAUGGACUGAGUCUCAUUCAUUAUUCUAGAAGAAAACACUCCGCCACUGUCUCCACAGGCCGUAGCAGCUCUCAUCAUCCACUAUGCGCAGGGAUCGAGAGCAAGCACAUGGAAUUGCGUGCCAUCGUCAACAACACAGCAGAACUCUACGUUCCCACAGCAGCAGCACAUCUAGCAUUGAUAACAUUAGCCCAGGCAACAGCCGAGAUAUUAGGUAGCACUUUAUGUAGCUUAAAUUGCAGUUUUAGUGAAAGCUAAACAAAAAACAGUGUCAGAUUCUUUUUUUUUUUUUUUACUUGCCUAUAAUUGCAUUUUUGGUACCUGCGGCUCUCAGGUUUAUGUAUAAUGUUUGCAUAUCAUUUGGUAGAUGGUGGGCAGUAUAUCCAGUAGUUGUUGUUAGAGUUUACUGAAGUUUGUGGUUGGUAUGGUGAGGAGAGCAAAUGCUCUAACUGGAUUGGCUGAUGAAGGCCUCCUGGAUACGACUGCUGAAACGAGCAACAGGAAACCGAGACAAGAACAACAUUGGUGGUUCAGCGGACUCAUACACUAGUCGGCCGUCUGACUCGGAUGUGUCUCUGGAGGAAGAUAAAGAGACCUUACGCAGAGAAGCUGAGAGACAGGCUCAGGCUCAGCUCGAAAAGGCCAAGUCUAAACCAGUGGCGUUUGCAGUACGUACUAAUGUUGGCUACAGUGCUUCUCUUGAAGACGACGUCCCUGUGCCUGGAAUGGGAAUCUCAUUUGAGGCUAAAGAUUUCCUUCAUGUUAAAGAAAAAUUUAAUAAUGACUGGUGGAUUGGUCGCUUGGUGAAAGAAGGGUGUGACAUCGGUUUCAUCCCAAGUCCGGUGAAGCUCGAAAGCAUUCGCAUCCACCAGGAGCAACGUGUGAAACAGGGGAAAUUUUACUCAAGUAAACUAGGGGCAAACUCCUUAUCUAGUUUAGGAGACGUUGUUUCAAAUUCACGUAAAUCAACCCCUCCAUCCUCAGCUGUGGACAUAGAUGCUGCAGGGUUAGAUCUGGAGGAGAGCGACCCUCCUCCCCAUCAGCGUUCACCCAAAGCCAGCCCAAACACAGUAAUAUCCCCUUUAGCCCGUGAGAAACGAAUGCCUUUCUUUAAAAAGACAGAGCAUGUUCCUCCGUAUGAUGUGGUGCCGUCUAUGAGACCGGUGGUGCUGGUGGGACCGUCGCUCAAGGGCUACGAGGUAACAGAUAUGAUGCAGAAAGCUCUGUUUGACUUUCUGAAGCACCGCUUUGAAGGGAGGAUCUCGAUCACGAGGGUGGCUGCUGAUAUUUCUCUGGCCAAGCGCUCUGUGCUCAACAACCCCAGUAAACAUGCCAUCAUCGAGCGCUCGAACACACGCUCCAACUUAGCGGAGGUUCAGAGUGAGAUCGAGAGAAUCUUUGAACUGGCUCGCACGCUUCAGCUGGUGGUUCUUGACGCUGACACGAUAAAUCAUCCGGCUCAACUGGGAAAAACAUCUCUUGCACCUAUUACUGUCUACAUCAAGAUCACCUCUCCAAAGGUUUUGCAGCGGCUAAUAAAGUCUAGAGGAAAGUCUCAGGCAAAACAUCUCAAUGUGCAGAUGGUGGCAGCAGACAAACUGGCCCAGUGCCCUUCAGAGCUUUUCGACAUCAUUCUUGAUGAGAAUCAGCUGGAAGAUGCCUGCGAGCACAUGGCUGAUUAUCUGGAGGCCUACUGGAGAUCCACUCAUCCUCCCAGCGUCCCGCAGACAAACCCUCUGCUGGAGAAACUCACCACAGUCGCUGCAGCCGCAGUCGCCUGCAAGGACUCGCUGACUAAUCCACAACCAAAGACUGAGGAAGUUACUCCUAUUACAGAUGAGUAGCCUCAGUAACGGUGAGUGAGUGUGUGUGCGUGUAAGACUGAAGCUCAGUCAUGCUUUCAUUUGACCAAGUUCAGGAUAGUAAACCUAAUUUCUUUAGAACUUAGCUUGAAGAAUAACUCACCCAAAAAGAUUAAAAUUGUUUAUAUGGGCUACUCUUAUGGUACUUAAGAGCUUUUUGUGCUUUUUUAUCUUGACUGUGCAUGUUCAUAAUGUGCUUUUGUAAAACAGCAGCAGCAACAUAAAUUUUUCCAUAGAAGAAAGAAAAUAAUACAGAUUUAAAAAUUGCAUAUGGAUGAGUAAAUGAGGUCGGUUUUGGGUGAAGUGUUCCUUUGAUAAUCUUAGAGUUGUUGACUUUUAGAGUUUUAAAUAUGUAGUUAAUAAUUUGAAUAUGGACUGUUUUAACAUUGGAGAGUGAUAGUAGAUCUAUGGAAACUUGCUUCCGCCACUGAAUAAAUAAAAAGGUAAUUGUGACUUUUUAUCUCACAAUUCUGACUUAGAAAUGUGAAUUUAUAUCUUGCAAUUCUGACUUUAUAACACACAAUUGUGAGUAAUAAAGUCAGAGCUGUGAGAUAUGGACUCACAAUUGUAAGUCUUUUUUUCCUCAGAACUGGACUUUAUAACUCGCAGUUGCAUGUUUAUCUCACAAUUCCGAGAAAAAAGUCAGAAUUGCGAGAAAAGAAGUCGGAACUGCGAGAAAAAAGUCAGAAUUGAGUGUUUAUAUCACACAAUACCGGGGAAAAAAGUCAUAAUUAUGCAACAAAAAAUAGAGUUUAUAUAACAAUUCCAAGAAAAAUGUCAGAAUUGUAAGAAAAAAAUAUGUAAUGAGCAGAAGAAGUCUGAAUUGUGCAAGAAAAUUCUGAAUUGCAAGGGAAAAGUCAGAAUUGUACGUUUAUAUAACACAAUUCCUAGAAAAAUGUCAGAAUUGUGAGAAAAAAAAUUCAGUAAUGUGCAGAAAAAAGUCUGAAAGAAAAAAAUCUGAAUUGUGCAAAAAAGUCAGUUAUGUGCAGAAAAAGUCAGAAUUGCGAGAAAAAAAGUCAGAAUCGCAAGUUUAUAUUACACAAUUCCGGGAAAAAAGUCAGAAUUGUGCAAGAAAAUACUGAAUUGCUGGGGAAAAGUAAGAAUUGAGUUUUUGUCGAAAUUGUGACAAAAAAGUUAGAAUUGUGCAAAAAAAAGUCGGAAUUGUGAGUUUAUAUAACAAUUCCUAGAAAAAAGUCAGAAGUUUGAGAAAAGUGCCAGAAUUGUGAGGGGAAAAAUCUGAAUUGUGCAAAAAAGUCAGUAAUGUUUAUAUAACACAAUUCCAAGAAAAAUGUCGUAAUUGUGAGAAAAAAAGUCAUGGUUACCUUUUUAAAGUCAUUCAGUGGCAGAAAACUGACUUCUAUACUGUACAUCUGAUAUGAUUUGUAGUGAUUUCAGAGACUUGUGUGUGUGUGUUAAAAAAGUUAUGCAAUGAGAUGUUUACUUUGAUUUUCUUACACACCGUUUCUUACAAAACAAUAACAAUCUUUUCAGUAAAACUUUACAGUAAGGUUCCAUUUGGUAACAUUAGUUCCGGGAAAAAAGUCAGAAGUGUGAGAAAAAAGUAAUAGUUACCCUUUUAAAUUCCUUCAGUGGAAGAAAACUGGCUUCCAUAUACCGUACAUCUGAUGUGGUUUGUAGUGAUUUGCAGUGAUUUCAGAGACUUGCAUGUGUGUUAAAAAACUUUUAGAUCAGCAUUGAGAUGUUUACUUUGAUUUUCUUACACACUGUUUCAUACAAAACAAUAACAAUCUUUUCAGUAAAACUUUUCAGUAAGGUUCUAUUUGGUAACAUUAGUUAUCCACAUUUAGUUUGUGUUUCCACAUCCAUAUAACUGCAUUAUUCCACACGUGUGUU